AACGAGUGCAUCUCCGCAUGACAUCAGCAUCUUUGUUUACUGGUCAGGCGAAGCUAGCUUAUAUCCCCUAGUGUGUACGAUUCUAUAUGCAUUAGCACUUAGCAUCAGUUCUCUGCGCGGGUUCAGGGUGUUUGUUAUUUCACUGCGUGAUUUUGGGGUGAAUUAGCUUAUUUAGCGUAACAAAUAUGUCUGCAAACGCAGCUGGACCCGGAGAAGAUUUCAUAGACGCAAGGAGAGGCGAUGGACAAGAGUCAGAGGGGUCUUUGUCUGCCUCUGCCCCUAUGGACGUGGACGCCAAGCCCAACUCCCACAGCUUCAGAUACAGUCUUAAUUUCCCCAGCAUCGGCCAGUGCAUCAUCAUCAACAACAAGAACUUUGACCGGAAAACAGGCAUGAAUCAACGAAAUGGUACAGAUGUCGAUGCAGCCAACGUGAUGAAAGUGUUUACAAAGUUGGGUUACAAAGUGAAGAUUUACAAUGACCAGACAGUUGAUCAGAUGAAACUUGUUUUAACUUCUGUGUCAAAGGAAGAUCACAGCUGCCACGCUUCAUUCGUCUGUGUUCUGUUGAGUCACGGUGAUGAGGGUGUGUUUUUUGGUACGGAUGGCUCCAUAGAGCUCAAGUACCUCACAUCACUUUUUCGAGGCGAUCGCUGCAAGUCGCUGGUGGGAAAGCCCAAACUCUUCUUCAUCCAGGCUUGCAGAGGCACUGAUCUGGAUGCAGGCAUUGAAGCAGACAGUGGAGAAGAUGGCGUUACCAAGAUUCCUGUAGAAGCUGACUUCCUCUAUGCCUUCUCUACAGCCCCAGGAUAUUACUCAUGGAGGAAUACUAUGACCGGGUCCUGGUUCAUCCAGUCACUGUGUGAUAUGAUCAGCAAAUAUGGAAAAGAAUUGGAGCUCCAGCACAUCAUGACACGAGUGAACCACAAGGUGGCAGUAGAGUUUGUGUCUGUCUCCAAUUCACCAGGCUUUGAUGCAAAGAAACAAAUCCCAUGCAUUGUGUCAAUGCUGACCAGAGAGAUGUAUUUUUCUCCUUGAUGUUGUCUCUACUUCAGAAGACUUCAGCCUCGCCGGCCUUCAUCUGCAGAAGAAAGGCUUGAGCAUGUGCAUGGGUUGGUGUUUGUGAAUUAUUUUAGUUUACACUUCCUGACUGGAUAUCUCUUGAAACCUCAGCUUACAUUUCUGGGAGAGUAGAUGUGAUGCAAAGUCGCUGUCACAUUUCACAAGCUUGUCUGGGAUAUAAGGCAUUACAAUGUUUAUCCCUGCAGGAAAACUAUUUGUAUUCUAUUCUAAAAAAAAAAAGUAACCUUAAAAAACAUUUAUUUUUUUUAAACAAUGUCAAUGUAAAAUUAAAGACUAAAAUAACAUUGAAAAAUAAUUAAUCUGAAGAUAAAAGGUAAUUGAGUAAUUCCAUAUUCACAAUUUGCUACCAGUAGAGGCCUCUUUGUUGUUUACAUUGUAUACAUUUCAGGGAGAAACAUUGGCGCUAGUUUGAUAGGAAGUUUGACCUUCUAUAUUUGUUUAAUCAUGAAACCAUAGAUGGGCUUCCUGCCUUCCAGCAUCAGCAUUGUUAUGAGUCAGCUGUUUAUUUGAACUCAAGUGGGAUCAUUUUGUCUUCUAUUACAUCCUUUAUCUUUUUUUAAUCUAGUGACAUUUGGCAUUAACAAUCAUUCAAUGAAUUUGUACCUAAUGAGUUGUGUGAAGCCUAAAUGGAUGCUACACUGACUCUCAGUAGGUAAAUUAAAAGGAUAAUGUUGUGUUGCAAAUUCUGGAGCAUCCACCCAACUAUCCUGUGUUUUUGUUUUUAAAGCUCAGAAUGCAAUUUUUGAUGUUUUUCUAAAUAUGGAUUUCUUUGAAUGAACUGUUUGUAAUUGUCCUCAAAUUAGUGGAGGUCAAGCUCCAUAUCAUGCAUUAGUAAAGCCAGCACACUAGCACAAUGCUUUUAAUUGGGGCACGUUUUGAGAAAUCAUUUAGAGCACAACUUUACAUUUCAUAUUUGGCAUUAGUGCAUGUAUUAUCAUGUGGUUUUUAAAGAGACAAUUAGAAAAAAAAUUAUGCUUUUUCACUUUUAAUUGAUGGUUACAGUCAACUUAAAUCAUUUCCAAUGGAGCCAUGAGUGAAACUUUCAUAUGUAACCAUCAGCUUUGAGAGAUUCAAAAGCUCAAUUUGGUGGUCUUCUUAUCCAGGUCCACUGACUGUCCAGUGUUUAAGUCAUAUCAAUGUAAAUAUUUUGCUGUGAAUGUCACUUUUUGGCUUUUGUGUGUUAUCACUAUUUUGUUAGCUGCCACACUGAGGUUGCUAUGUUUCUCCUGAAAAAUAAAGACCACUUUUCAUUA